AGGGUUUCAUACAACUACCACGUCUACUCGGUUCUCGUCCCCUUUGUCGUCCGGUCUGGUCCGAUCAGGCCGUGGUUUGGGCAGCCUGGAAAUGGGGUGCAGUUUGAGCUGCCAAAGACUGUGGCUGAGUUGAUUGUUGAUGGGGUCUUGAAAGCGGAGGAUGUGCGCAUUGUUCUUCCAUGA